AUCGGUCAAAGGAUCACGGCUGCUGUUCGCUUUUAUUGUUGUGUCAAAUCCAUUUUGACCGGACACUGAGAUCCUGAAGAAUUGCCUGACCAGUAAAUCAGUCGCCGGUAUGAAUGAACGGUGCAACGCGAGAAGUGAGUAAUUGUACGAAACCAGACAAGUGAAAGUUGUAAACUUGAUGAAUGAAUUAAAGAAAGGUUUAUGAUGGUUUGACUCGUUAAGAUCGAAGUUAGAAUGGACGAGUGCGGAUCGUGGUGCACGAGGUAUCGAGCCGAGGGAGUCGUGAUGCCGGCAGGAAGUGUUCGCGAAUCGAUCGGUGCAAUCUCAUUACCGGUAGCGGACCGCGAGUCGACUCCGCGGUGAAAUCGGGCCGAGCUGAAUGUGAGAACGGUUUCGCCGGUAAAGAACGUUGCAAGCGAGCUCGCCACGUGACCACGCUCACCGUUUACGUUUUUGCGUCGCGCCAACGCGUCGCUAGCAAAAUCACGUUGAAUAGUGCCCGUCGUCCAGCGCGCAUGGAAAUAACCUGAUCAAUGAUGCUUCUGAUCGCAUCGCAGAUAUGGAUCUAUCGAUACGACGAUGGCCGCAUCGUUUAACGCGAGCUGCAGCGAUUUCUGUAAUUUCUGACGAUUUAAUUACACGUCGGUCGACGCGUUAUUCAGCCGAACGGACCGGGCGAAAGAAUUCAGGUUUCCUGCGUCAUCGAUCAGCAGAACCGGUGGACAGCCGGCGACUUUAAUGCCCGCAGAGAGACGCGCGCCGCGGGAUCGUUUUACGUCGGGUUUUAAAACCACGUUCCACAGUAUCGAUCUUUCCCGAUCACCUUAAUAGUGAAUUGAAAAUAAUUUUAAAUUCUUUAUAUCGUAAAAUGAAAUGUUCCUCAAUCUUUGAGAUGAUAGAGAAAAUGAAACGUCACGAUUCUGUAAUGUUCAUCGUUCAUUCUGAGAAUCGUUAAACAGAGACGGUGGUGCUGAUAUCAUGACAACUUGAAUAACGUCUUUCAAUAAUGAUUGCAUAAUCAAUCUUUGAAACUGAUAAAUAUUCAGUUGAGAAACAUCAGUUCGUAGUUCGAUAAUUUGAAUAGCGUGUUUCAAGCGAUUUUUAAUUGCGAAUCGAAUCGUCCGCGAUCGAGAGCCCCGCGUUUUCAGGUGGCAGGUGUUUCCACCGGUUGGGAGGAAAAAGAGGGUCACGCUCGUUUGGAAAAUUGGACGUGCCCCGGCGGGAAUCUGUUUAGCGGUGAGCGGCACCGUUAUCGAGGACAGGCGAUUUAUCAGCCCAUUGUCUUCUGGGCUGGACGAACGCGAGCUGCUCUUUCCUUUGUGGAUCACGAAUCUGGUGGCCUUAACGAACGUCAACGGGGCGGCGUACACCGGAGAGACAAGUUCCGUCGAGGAAAGUGAUUAAUGAAAGCCAGUUUCGUCGGACGAGUAUAACUCCGAUCGAAUGUCAACGGGCCAGGAGUUCGUAGUAGGCGGAUUCGAAAGGAGAGUGAUUGAUAGAGAACCGUGUCGCGAAUCGGAACCGUGGGAGAAACAUUCCUGAUCAUCGGAUGACAAUUCGAUAUUUUUACCAUCUCAACGUUGGCCGUUGAUAAUUAAACAAUUGCAGACGAAUGACUGCGCGACUAUAAUAAAGUAGAAACGUCGUGGGUGAACUUACUGUUUUCACUCUCAGGAUUAAUUGUGAAUAAUUAAAAAUCGUAUGGCGAACGAAGUGAAAUAAGGCGCUGGUCGAGAUUCGGAAGAUUCUAUGAACGUCCGUACUCACGAGAGUGGAGGUGCUUGGUUGCCACCUCUGAGCGUAACGUCGAAGACGAUAGUCGAGCGUCCGCGAAUUCCGGUGAUCGUGACCGAGGAGGCAUCCGCGUGUGCAUCGAGAAAAGUGGCUCAACAUGUCCGUGCUGGAAACCGGCGAGGCCGACAGAACGACGAUGUCACCGCUGGACGAAGUCGUGUCCCCGACGAGCGUCGAGUCGGAACUGAUGGUCACCGACAUGUUGGACGAGCACGAGGCCACGCUGAACCACGAGCACAGGGACGGCGGCAAGCGCAAGAGAGACACGGACGGCGAGGAGCUGACACCCAGGAAGUUGCCCUCGCUCACCAGGAACAACAACGACGUGGGCUUUGUCCUCGAGGAGAGCGCCGACGACGAUCUCCACGAGGACAGGGAUGACGACCGCUUGACUGGUCAUGGGGGUAUUUCGUCGCUGGGCGGCGGCAACUCGUCGCCGUAUUCCGGCGCCCAUCACCACGGUCACAGGGGCAAUGGUAAUGGGAGCGGUAUGCCCCAUCACGGGGGCGCGUCGCUGCCCACCGCCUCGGACUUUCAACCACCGUACUUUCCGCCCCCGUUCCCCUCGCACCAUCACGCGCCGGCGAGUCCUCAACAUCCGGGCCUCGGCCAGCCGCAACACCUCGAUUACCUCGUCGGCGACCCGUACACGCAGACGCUCAACACGUUGCAUCAACAUCACUAUAAUCACUUGAGCGCCGCCGUCACGGCUGGCCAGAGGAGCGGUGAUCUCAGGAGGGACGCAGAGGGCAUCCACGUGACGAACAUGCACGCGUCGUUCCCGUACGACGGUGGACGCAAUAGUGGAGGCGGUGGUGGAGGCGGAGGAGGUGGAGGUGGCGGCGGUAGGGGCGUCGAAUACGGCGCCGUUCGUCGUCCCGACGCCCUCCUGCCACCCCCGGGCCUCGACCAAACCGAUCUCGUUCUCCACAGCAGCCUCGUAGACGACCCCCAGGUGAGCGACGAUAACACAAAUGUAGACGACGGAGGAUUCAUGAACGACCUGCCUCUACUAAAAAACAUGAAACCGUCGGACAGGAGCGAGAAGGCGAUGUUGAGCGGCAACGCGCAGCCAUCGGACGUGUUCUGCUCGGUUCCAGGACGAUUAUCGUUACUAAGCAGCACCAGCAAGUACAAAGUUACGGUAGCCGAGGUACAAAGACGACUAUCGCCACCGGAAUGCUUAAACGCGAGCCUCCUCGGCGGAGUCUUACGGAGAGCAAAAUCCAAGAAUGGCGGACGUCUGCUUAGGGAAAAGUUGGAAAAAAUUGGACUAAACUUGCCAGCCGGAAGAAGGAAGGCUGCCAAUGUCACGCUCUUAACAUCCUUAGUGGAAGGAGAAGCCAUUCACCUUGCCAGAGACUUCGGCUACGUUUGCGAAACCGAAUUCCCUGCGAAACAAGUUGCUGAAUACCUCAGCCGGCAGCAUUGUGAACCGCAAGAUUCCUACAGGAGGAAAGAACUGCUCCAUGCCACCAAACAAAUCACCAAAGAGCUGAUGGAUCUUCUGAAUCAAGACAGAUCGCCACUUUGCAACACGCGACCGCAACACAUCCUAGAUCCGAGCAUACAGAGACACCUUACACAUUUCUCUCUCAUAUCACACGGAUUCGGAAGUCCCGCGAUCGUAGCCGCUCUCACAGCAAUACAGAAGUUCCUAAGCGAGUCCCUGAAUCACCUGGAGAAGAUGUACCCGGGUAACGGGAGCGGCGUGACAAGUAGUCAACAGUCGAGCCUCGACACGAACAAGAACAAGGACGGUACGUUGAUGAACGACAUGAAAAAGUGACGGCCAGAGGACCCGCCUACCUCGAACGUGGUCACUUCAAUCAGGCACUCAUGGCCGUACAACUGAGCUUUCGCGGGCAGAGCUAAUCGCGAACAGCUUCUGGUGGACCACUGAAACGAUCACGCAUGUCCGCGCGGCUCCAUAUAAUCAAAAAACGAAAGAACCAGGAAGCUGCACAGAUGGGAGGAGAGUAAACGUAUUUGCGGAUGUUCGUGUUCGCUGAGGUUGGCUGGUCGAAAGUGUUCUAGGUAAAAAUGAAUGACGACAAGUCACAAGAAAUGUGCAAUCAGUCGAUGAUCGAAUUGAACUCGUUGAUCAGGGCUUAUAGAGGACCUGGUGGAGUCGAAUCGACCGGCAAUGGGACAUAACACUAUCCUCCCUUGGUCUGAGUAAAACACAGUUGUGUACCAAGGGAAUUAAGAAGUUGGUACGAUUCGCGGUUGAGUAUCGAGUAAAACGUAAGGAUAACUUUGUUCCCUCACUGCCUGUUCAGUUUUCGAGCGUAUUGAGAAAGAAGAGCGUAUCGAUCGAUUCGAGAAAUUGUCUUCCCUCGUUUCUCCUCUCAUCAACAAUCGCGUGCAAUUAUUCGCAGGAUCGAUUGAACGUUUAUGUUGUAGGCUUAGUGAUAGUUCAAACUUCGUGCAAUCAACUUAGUAUUCGUCACGAUUCUUAUAAAUUCGAUAGACCGAUUAUAAAAAGUUGUUUCAAUCUCCUCUUCAAUGAUUUUCCGUAUUCUUAAAACCUACGAAUCGAUCGAUAAUUGAGAGCGCAUACAGACAUGACUAACAAUUCACAGCACUCUUUACUUCUUUUGAUUUAAUUAUUUAUACAUAUGUGUUGCUCAACCGUUAUUCCCUGCUCGAGUGUACUCACAGUAUAUUGCAGCACAAUAGUGAUGCAUCGCUCUCUAAAGAUAAGAAUUCUGGCCUCAUUGCUGUAAAUUCUCGAUUUACACUGGUUAAAAUCUCCACGGCAGCUUGUAACGAGCAAUCACAACGAACGAACGAACAAGAAAAGGAUAAGAAUGUACAACAGCCGUCCGAGGCUAAGAAAAAGUAUUAAUUUAGAAUCGUUAGUAGCCGAUCAAGUUUUAUUUAAAUUAAAAGAUACGAAAGAGCUGAACGAUUAUUAUUCUUGUAACUAUCUGUCACGGCGGUCGAUUAUUACGUACGAUUCGGUACUUCGGUACUGAACGAUUCUCGUGAUGGUCAACUAAGAAUUUACUAUAAAAUAGUUUUUCCAUAUGCAUAUUAAGAAACACUUUAUUCCAACUCCACGUAAUAAAAGAUUUUAUUCUCUCGACUAGCUAGUUGAAAGUACGCCGCGAAUUUUCAUCUCCAAGUAUUUCUAUUAGCAAUUAUGUGAUUUCACUUGGGAAAGAUCUCUUAACAUUGCAAUACUUGAACUUCGUUGUCGCGCUCGAUAAAUCCAGUUUCUUGCCGCUUAACGACGUAUCUUUCGUAGACUUGUAGCAGAAAUUCAUUGUACGACGGGUAGAUCAAAUAAAUAAUUCUAACACGCUUCGUGAAGAACCGUGAAGUCGAACGAGUAAUAUAUUCAAUUGCGAGAAUCAUCGAUAAAAACAGACUUAGCGAUUCCUAAAUAGAACGAGUGCGUACUCGAGCCAGCGACAAUUUGACUGCGCGUUUUGCUCCUUGUUGCAACUCUACGAAUUUGGUUUAUAUCGUCGACGAAUCAAGAAAGGAGAAGACGAAAAAAGAACCAAGGAUCAUUUUCAUCGUGCCAAUGCGAAAGUUGCCAUUUGAGAUGUGCCAAUUAACGUAAAAAAAAAAAAAAAAAA